CCACAACAUUGGCUUAAGUGCCUCCAAGAAAUAUCAACUUAGAUGAAUCUGCAGUAACUUGAGUAAUACUUGUCGAUCAACCUGGGGCCGAGGUCAGCCCUACCCCAAGCAACAACCGAAACGCUCAUCAUUUCGUCAAAGGGACCCAUCCGCAUGCGACCCAUGGUUCACAGCACUGUCUGGGUACAGUGACAACCACCACCAUCCUGACAUCACUCCUGCAUACCCUGUAUCAGCGCGCCACCGCUCAAAAGACCUGCUUGCUGCUCGCAUGUCCUCUGCGCAAAUUCAGUCUUCUUCAUUCACCACAACCUGCCUCUGCAUCUGGAGAUUAUCCUCACCAUGCGCCUUCCGUUGGAGACACCAGAUGCCACGCACCCCGAAAUUCACGCCUACAUCCUCGGCGCAGGGAUCACCUCUCUCUCCGCCGCCGUCCACCUCCUGCAAGAAGGUCACCUCCCGGCCUCGCACAUCCACAUCCUCGAGACCCUCGACCAAGCGGGCGGCGGGACCGUCAGCUCCGGCAAUGCAGAGGAAGGAUAUCACUACCGGGCGGGGGGGAUGCCAUUGCUGAAUGGCGAUGCGAUGGCGACGUUGUUCGCUGAGGUUCCAUCCGAUGUGAAUCCGGGGAAGAGCGUUUUGGAUGACCUAUACGAGUACUGGGGUCUACCGACGCGGGUCAUCCGACGGUCGAAGCACGGCCUCGUCCGGAUCGACUGCAAACACAGUACAAGUCUUGGGCUGCGGGAUCGGGUGGAAGUGUUUCGGUUCAUGAAUAAAAGUGAGGUCACGUUGGGGAGAUCGCGCAUUCGGGAUCACUUUGCGAAGGGGUUCUUUGAUGGAUCUUACUGGGGGGUGUUGAGUACCACAUUCGGCUUCAAAUCCUGCCACAGCGCCGCCGAAUUCCACCGCGCCCUGCACAAAUUCGGACACGACAUCGCGAGCGUCACCAGCUCGCACCCCCGUCCCCUGGACGGCGGCCAAUACAACCGCCACGAGUCGCUCGUCGCCCCGAUCGCCCGCUUCCUCCGCCGCCAAGGGGUCGACUUCCAAUUCCAGACCACCGUCACGGACAUCAUCUUCGCCGACGACGACGCCGCCGCCUCCAAUUCGGGGUCUGCGUCAGCCAGCGUCCACACGACCCCAAGCACCCGCCAGCGCAAGCGCAGCAGCCGCCAUAACUCCAACGACAACACCCAAAAGGCCGAGCAGCAGCACCUCCCACCGUCCACCGAGCCGCCCUACCCACCGCGCCUCGUCUCCGCCAUCAUCGCCCACCCCCUCAACGGACCGGAGCAGACCAUCCCCGUCCAACCGCACGACAUCGUCCUCGUCUCCCUGGGCAGCGCCAUGUCCGGCUCCAGCCUCGGCAGCAACACGACCGCCCCGCCACUCUACCAAAUGGAAGCCGACCACGAGCUCGACGAGAACUGGCUACUAUGGCUCGAGCUGACGACCAAGGACCCGCGUCGCUUAGGGAAUGCGUAUAACUUCUGCACGCGCCUCGAGGAAUCCCGCCUCGAGUCCUUCACGAUGACUCUCCGCGCCGCCGGCGGGAAUCGCAUCCUCGAACGUAUCACCGGUACAAACAACAAUUCUACCACGGAAUCAUCAUCGCCGAUGUUCGUCUCCCUGAUCGACACCCCCUGGGUAGUCAGUCUGCACGUCCCGCCGCAACCGGUCUUCCCGGACCAGCCGGCCGAGAUACAGGUCCUCUGGGGGUACGCUUUGUACCCCGAGCGGACCGGGGAGGUGGUGCGCAAGCCGAUGCUGGAGUGCACGGGGGAGGAGAUCCUGCGGGAGGUGCUGGCGCAGUUGGAGGUCAAGGAGACGGAGGCCGACCGGAUCCUGCAGGGGGCUAUCACCGUCCCCUGCGUCGUGCCGCGCAUGGCAGCGGGCUUGCUGCCGCGGGGCGAGGGCAACCGCCCGCGCGUGAUCCCCCCCGCGAUCUGGAAUUUGGGGUUGAUUGGCCAGUUUGUGGAGAUUGAGGGGGAGACGGGGGUUACGGCCAUGGAGUAUAGUGUGCUUGGGGCGCAGAUGGCGGUGCGGAAGUUGGUGGGCAGGGUUUCUUCGGCUAUUCUGAACGAGGAUGAUCUUUUGUGGAAAUGAGGUAAUAAGAUGGUGGAUACUACAAUGUCGACAUACCCAGUUGUACAGUAGAGUACAUUAUCGAAAUGAGUCCCGAAUGAAAAUCAAAUUGG